UUCUCUCUGCUGUCAUCUUAAGUAGUGACGUCAGACAAGAAGGUGUGGUAGUACCCACAUUAAUUGGUACAUAAUCAAUAGGUUCACUCAUUAGACAUCAAAUUACAUAGAAAAAUAGUGUGAAUCCUCAUUUGGUACUAUUCCAAAGGCGCUAGAGACACCUGGAUUGCACAACAAGUGCUUAGUUCCCUAAAAACAAGUAGGGAAAUUUAUUGAAAAUAGAAAUAACUAAAAUGUAGUCAAAUAGCAGCCCAAGGCCCAAACCCUAGGCCCAAAACAGUUGACCCAGCCCAAUUUCCUUCACCGUUGCAGACAAGACAUGAAUGAACCCCAAGCGACAGAACUCGCCGCUACAAGGCGCAUAGUGAUCGGAUGCACCAUCGUCGCCACGAACCCAGAAACUAGUUGCACCGCCGCCACGAAACAUGGAAACAGCAGCACCGCAAUGCCAUAGAUAAGCCUUGCUUCCAAGAAGAAUUCAGAGCUCCAGCGCCAUCAUCGCAGAUUGGAAAAGAGAUGGAUUCUGAUCCAGUCCCACCCAACACCAAACUCGUCUCCUAGAACCAGUGUCCAUGGAUGCCUUGCCCCCAAGCCCGAUCUGGAAAAAACCACGCCAAUCAAUAUCUGUCAAAACCUCAGGCUAAACCACCUCCCAGAUCAAUAGGUAAAAAUUCUUUCACUUGGCUUGGUCCCAAACCAAAGGUAAACAUUACUAAUCCAGAAGAUCUGAAAGAUAUCUUCACCAAAUAUGAUGAUUUUCCAAAGCUAGCACCCAUUUAUAAAAAGUUGCUAGCAGCAGGAUUUGCAACAGAUGAAGGUGAAAAAUGGGCUAGACACCGAAAGAUUAUCAACCCAGCCUUCCAUAUGGAGAAGCUAAAGUCUAUGUUACCAGCGUUUCACCAAAGUUGUAAUGGGAUGAUUAAAGAAUGGGAAAGCUUGGUUUCCAAAGAGGGUUCAUGUGAGUUGGAUGUUUGGCCUAGUCUCCAAAGUUUAUCAGAUGAUGCGCUUUGUCGAACAUCAUUUGGAAGUAGCUAUGAAGAAGGAAAGCAAAUAUUUGAACUCUUGAAAGAGCAGGCAGUACUUUCAAUAAAAGCUUUACAAAGUGUUAACAUUCCAGGAUGGAGGUUUGUACCAACUAAGAUGAACAAGAAGAUGAUGGAGAUUGAUAAAGAAAUUAAAGGUUCACUCAAGGGAAUUAUAAAUAAAAGAGAAGAGGCCAUUAAGGCUGGUGAACCCUCUAAAGACGACCUACUAAGUCUACUUCUGGAAUCCAAUCUCAAGGAAAUUCAUGAACAUGGGAACAACAAAAACUUCGGGAUGAGUAUUGAAGAAGUUAUCGAGGAUUGUAAGCUGUUUUACUUUGCUGGGCAAGAGACAACCGCGGUGCUGCUUGUUUGGACAAUGAUUUUACUUGGCCAAUAUCAGAACUGGCAAACUUGUGCGCGAGAAGAGGUUCUGCAAGUCUUUGGAAGCAACAAACCAGGCUUUGAUGGGUUAACUCGCCUAAAAAUUGUGACCAUGAUUUUACGUGAAGUUCUCCGAUUAUAUCCAGCGGCAGUCGUGAUUUCUCGAAACACUUACAAGGAAACGCAACUUGGAAAAUUAUCUUUACCAGCUGGAGUCGAAAUCUCAUUGCCCAUACUCCUUGUUCACCAUGACGAAGAAUUGUGGGGAGAUGAUGCAAAGGAGUUCAAGCCAGAGAGAUUUGCAGAAGGAGUUUCAAAGGUUACAAAGGGCCAACUUUCAUACUUCCCUUUCGGAGGUGGUCCACGGGUUUGCAUUGGUCAAAACUUUGCUAUGAUUGAAGCAAAACUCGCCUUAUCAUUGAUAUUACAGCACUUCACCUUUGAGCUUUCUCCAUCCUAUGCUCAUGCCCCUUCCUCAAUAGCAAGUCUUCAGCCACAAUAUGGUGCUCAUCUCAUUUUGCAUCAACGCUGAUUGGUAAUGAGUUUUGAAUAGAAGAACAGCAAACAGAGACACCGCCAAUUUAAAUAAAAGGAGGAACAUUAAUUAUGCAUGGCUAGCUGUGCUCUUAAUUUCCAUCUGGGCCGUUAAAUAAAUUAUCGUAUAAACAAUCGUAUGAUAUUCGAAUUUCAUUAUUUUG